GAAGCUUGCCCCGUUGAUGCAAUUGUUGAAGGACCUAAUUUUGAGUUUGCAACGGAAACACAUGAAGAAUUAUUAUAUAAUAAAGAAAAACUUCUUGCUAAUGAAACGCAAACCUCUCUUCCAGUGUCGGAACCAGAUCCUGCCUCACAAAUAUAUAAAGCUACUUACUCUGGUGUUCCCGUUUGGGAAUUUCGGGUUCGAAGUGUAGCUGUUAUGCGCAGAAAAACGGAUUCCUGGCUCAAUGCAACACAAAUCUUAAAAGUAGCUGAAUUCGAUAAACCACAUAGAACUAGAAUCUUGGAACGGGAAGUCCAAAAAGGUGAACAUGAAAAAGUUCAAGGAGGCUAUGGAAAAUAUCAAGGAACUUGGGUACCAUAUCAAACAGGUGUCGAUUUAGCAGAAAGAUAUCAUGUUAAAGAACUUUUACAACCGAUAAUUGAAUUUGAACCAUCUUCAGAAAGUCCUCCUCUUGCACCUAAACAUGUAACAGCUGCGUCUAAUAAACCACGUAAGCCACGUGAACCUAAAGAACCUAAAGCGAUAAAGCCUAGAAUAUCCAAAAAAGCCAAGAAAACCGAACCACAAACUGAAGAAAUAAUGUCCAUAGAUACAGAUCACGAAACUAAUGAUAUAGUUAGUAUUGCGUCCUCUAACGUGUCUAUCUCACCAAUUUCUUCGUUGUCUGCUUCCCCUGCGCCAAUAGAAUCAUCAAAUGAAAUAUCAGAUUCUGAUGGUACAACUACAGUUACAACAGUACAAAAAUCGAAAAGAAAGCGCAAACAAAAUGAUUCCGGUGGACGUGGGCAUAGAGAUUCGAAAAUGACUCCGGCUCAGUCUAAUGUUCCAGAGUAUGGAAAUCUUAUGUUAACUUAUUUUACAACUAAUGCCGAUUCCAUUCCAGAUUUCAUUUUACAUCCGCCAGCUGACUUUGAUCCAAAUAUAAUAAUUGAUCAACAAGGACAUACAUCAUUACACUGGGCUGCUGCUAUGGCGAAUUCUGAUAUGGCUGCUUUGUUAAUUAAUGCUGGAGCUGAUCCUGAUCGAGGAAAUAUACAUGGAGAAACAGCUCUUAUGAGAAGUGUCAUGUUUCCAUAUAAUUAUGAAAAUAGAAGUUUUUCUGAUAUGGUAGAACUAUUACUUAGAACUAUUGGUAAUCUUGAUAUUCAUGAUCAGACGGUUUUGCAUCAUGUAGCAAUAUACGCUACUACUAAAGGAAGAGUUAGCCCUUCUAAAUAUUAUAUGGAGGUGCUUCUUUCGCGUUUGGCACAACAUCCUAAUGAAGAAUAUAGAAGAGUUAUUAUCAAUAAACAGAAUGAUGAUGGAGACACCGCUCUUAAUAUAUCUGCCCGAUCUGCAAACAAAAGACUCGUGAAAUUAUUACUUGACGCUGGAGGAAAUCCUCAAAUUCGAAAUUUACAAGGAAAAAACGCAGAGGAUUAUAUUUUGGAAUUAGAUAAUCAACGUGUGGAUCAAAAUCAGUUUCAAAAUCAACAACUUAAUAUUGGAAUAGAUAAUCAAGGAAAUAGUGCAACUUCUAAUGCAGUAAUUGCAUCGGUAAUUCCAAAUCGAGCAGAAUUUUUGAUUCAAGAUGUUACCGAAAUAUUACAAAGGUUUAAGAGCUCCUACGAAGUUCAAAUACAAGCUAAAGACAAAGAGUUAUCAAUGAUUCAAGAACAAUUAACACCUAGUAAAGAUGAACUCGAAAAAACAAAUAAUUCUAUUGAAAUUUCAAGAGAAAAAAGUAGGGUUUUAUCAUCGCGUAAAGAACGCCUAAAUCAUCUAAUUACGCAACUGACUGAAAAAAUAGAGAAUCGGAGAAACCGAAGAUUAGAAACUCUUAAGGCAGAAGAAUUGAAAAAAAAUGUACAAGUGACGGAGACAAGUCAGGAGAAUGAAGCUAAGACGGAAAGGAGUCAACUACUUAAUCUAUUGAUUGAAUUAAAGAAAGCUCCCGACGCUAAAGUCUCCGCUUAUAAACGAGUCCUUGACGUGCUAUGUGAACGACAAGGAAAUCCACCAUCACAAUAUCCAUCAAGCGUUACAACAACAAACAUGAUGAUAGAAAGCAAUAAUACCAACUUAUAA